GUACCUCAUUUCGAUGCUAGGAUUUCCAGGUUGGGGCGCAGUUUUGUAUUCUGUCUUUUUCAUCAUUCUUAUCUCUUGGAGGAUCCAAUUAGCAGCUGUGAAGCAGCUUGGGCCCAUCGCGGUCGGGCUCUAUCAGGUAGCUUACGAAUGA